UACAAAGCACUGAUGAAUCACAUGAUGUCCCGUGACUCGACCCGACCUGUACCUUCUCUCCGAUCUCCCAUGUAACUGCUUCUUAUUUGCAUUUAAAUCCGAGAAAAGUCAAGUCGCCAACCGGACUCUUCCCCCUGAAAAAGGAAUGUGAAGGCAGUUCUGUAUUCUAGAGGGGUUUUGAUCUGAAAUUUCACAUCCAAAACAAGUUACACUUACAGCAAGGACGAGGGAUCAGGGAGAAUGAAGACGUUUUUCGCAACAACACUGCUGCUGCUGGCAGUUGCAGCAAACGCGCAGCUUAUUAGGGUUCCACUGAAGAAGAUGGAAACUGUACGUCAUCAAAUGGCCAACACAGGACUACCCUUUAAAGAUUUGGCUCAACUUUCCAACAAGUACGACAUGAUGAACACCAACAAACUUGGCACACCAUGGCCAGUAAACAUGAGUGACUAUCUUGAUGCCCAGUACUAUGGAGAAAUCUCUCUUGGCACACCUCGCCAGAAUUUUACUGUAGUCUUUGACACAGGCAGUGCUGAUCUCUGGGUACCAUCUGUCAAGUGUGGUUUCCUUGACGUUGCCUGUCGCUUUCAUCACAAGUAUGACAGCUCCAAAUCAUCAACUUAUGUUGCUAAUGGAACAAAAUGGUCUCUACAGUAUGGAUCGGGUGCUUGCUCUGGAUUUGUCAGUGAGGAUACAAUACAGCUGGGUGGUCUGAAGGCAAAGAGCCAGAGUUUUGGAGAGGCAACUGCUGAACCAGGUUUAACCUUUAUAGCGGCCAAGUUUGAUGGAAUUCUAGGACUGGGUUACCCAACCAUUACCAGGAUCAGUAAACUUCCUGUGUUUGACAACAUUGUAAAGCAGGGCCUGGUUCAGGAUGCUGUAUUUGCAGUCUAUCUUGCAAAAGAUGCGUCAGCUAAGGUUGGCGGUGAGAUAGUCUUUGGAGGAGCAGAUCCUGAUCACUAUACUGGAGACUUCAGUUAUGUAAAUGUCACACGCAAAGGUUACUGGCAGAUCAAGAUGGACAGUCUUAAUGUUGGCGGAAAUGGAACCUAUUGCACCAAUUGCGCAGCCAUUGCUGACACUGGUACGUCCCUCAUUGCUGGUCCCUCUGCAGAGAUUGCCAAACUUCAGGAACAGAUUGGUGCUGCCCCAUUUACAUCUGGCGAGUAUAUGAUAAACUGUAACUUGAUACCUACUCUUCCUGUUGUGAAUAUUGUCCUUGCUGGCAAGACAUACACUCUGAACGGAGAAGACUAUGUCCUCAAGGUGAAUCAAGGCACUGUUGAGCUGUGUGUAUCUGGGUUCAUCGGCCUGGAUGUUCCUCCCCCAGCUGGACCCCUCUGGAUCCUGGGUGAUCCCUUCCUUCGCAAAUACUACACCAAGUUUGACCGUGCAAACGACCGUCUGGGAUUUGCUGUAGCUGUCUAAGUCUGUCAAUCUAAACCUGACUGUGCAUUUGAUACAGUUAGAACAGUACCAUGUGACGUGUAGAGAUGGAUCUCCUCAUUCAUAAAUCUUUCAUAUUUGGUUUUCUAUAGACCAGUGGUUGAUAAUCAAUUCUAAGAUCAAUCAUCUUUCAUGUUGCAGGUCAUACAAUGUUAUUUCAAUCUAAGACAUCCUCACAAAUAAAAUAUUCCCAUCUCUCUUUGCAUCAGGCUGUGAUGCACUAUUUCAAUAUUUAGUAUUUUAAACACAACCACCACCCCCCUUCAAAUAUUUGCAUGAAAAAAACCAUACAUUUAGCUUUAGCAAGUGUCAAAGGACAGUACAUGCAUUUGUGAUCAUGCAAUCACGUUUUCUUCUUCGAAGUGUUAUAAAGGCUGAUUACAAUCAACAAAAUUUACUGAAAGUAAAUCAUUGAUCUGUUAUGUUUUUUUUUUCUCACUAUUACAAUACAGUUUGAAAUGAAAGUUUUACAGGUUUGGCAGUUGGGAUUGUAAUUUGAAAAAAGACAGGGGAUGCGUGUGUGUUUUGUAUGAGUCUUUAUCAUAAAAUUAUUUGCUGAUAUAUUGGGAGGGCUUAAUCAAGGAUUUCAACAAAGACAAAAAAAUUGGCUUGAUUUAAAAGAAUGCUUGAUACUUAUCUUAGGGUACUUUAUCUAAGAGUUUCAGUGUUUUGUAAGUCUCUUUGUUUGAAAGAUGUCUUCUGUGUUGUGUACAUUUUGUUACCUCAUUUCAUCUUUUUUUAUGGUUAAUUUUAUGUUUAUUUGUUCUAAAGAAAAAUAAAGCUUAAAAUGAUUGUUAUAUUUGUGUUCAUUUCAUUUUUUUAAUAUUCAGAACAGUGCCACCUAUAUGAAUAGGUGGGUGAAUGAUGUUUGCAUUGAAUUGCUCUUCUAAAAGAAGACAUUCUGAAAUACAAUCAAAUUUACCUAUUAAAACAAAGAAUAUAAACAUUCUAUUGCAUUCAUCUACAAGGGUAAACUAUUUUUUUAAAUGUAUGAUUAUUUGCCUCAUGUAAGGUUGAUGUAAGGAAACGGGUUAAAAAAUUAUGUUCAUGUUGUCCUAUAUUGUGUAGCAAAAUACAUUUAUGUGGGGUUUACUCGCCUUUCUUUCAUUACUUAAAUAUGUGGUAUUAGACGAGAAUUCCAAGAAAAUACAAGACUAUAACACUUUAUGAUCAGUAUUCAAGUACCAUAGUCUGUGCCUUCGGUAGGACUAAUUCAUGAUGCAUUUCAGGACUGUACACUAUGGCCAGGAUGAUACUAUAGGCAAAGCGAAACUAUUAUUAAAGAAGUUAAACUGGAUGUAUUGUAAACAUAUGGGUACAUUGUAGAACAUGAGAUAUUGUAUGAAUGAGUUGGGGUGUUUUGACUCUUUUUAAUAUAAUGGAUUUGGGCCAGGCUUUAGUCAAAAUCAAUUCUCUUGGAAGCAUUUUCAAUAUAUAUCCAUGUACUUGUUAAAAGUUGCAUUUCCGGAUAAUUCUGCUUUUCAUCUGUACCGUUUUUCAUUUAAGAUAAAUCGCAUUCCCCAUUCGCUGACUAUUAAGACAUCCACUUUAAUGGCUAAAGAAACAUAUGAUCACUGUUUUUCCACCAACCUCACUAAUAAUGAAAAAAAGGAAUUCUUAAUAUAUAUGAAUGUUGUUCCAUUUUUAAGUGUGUAAUCUUAAAGAAGAAAAAGACAUCAUGUUUAACAUGAAAACAGUAGUAUUCAUUUAGAUAGAUGUUGUAUCAAGUUUAUUUUCUGGCAUGAACUCAUGGUCCCCAUUUUUAUUUUGUAGUUUGUCCUCAAAUAGUAAAAUCUGAUAUUGAUUGAAAUUAUUAGAUCGUAUAUUUAUAGAUUUGAUUCAUAAUAAUCAUUAUAUUUUAUGUACAACUGUAGGAAUUUUCAUUAGAACAGAAGAGUUACUCAAUAUGACACUGAUAUAUGCAAUAAUUGUGAUUUUAAGAAAAUGUUAUGUGUUGUCUGUAUAUGUCGUGUUGUUUGGAAAUGAAAAAAUGAAUUAAAAGUUCAUGUAAUAUACCUGUAAAA